GGGAGAAAAUAAGGACAACAUAAAAAUUAUAAAUAAUGUAAAUAAUAAUUAUAAUAUUAAUAGUGAUAGUGUAGGAGGUGAUAGCAGUAAUAAAGUGAGACUAAUAAAAUAUGAAGAGAGUACAAACAAAGAGUUCAUUUUGAAAUAUUUAGUUAACAUAAAGAAUGAUUAUAUAGAAAAACAAAUGAGAGCUUUAUAUGAAUGCAGAGAAGUUUAUAAGGAUGAUAUCGAUGAAGUAAUAAAUAUACUUACAUAUGCUUUAAAAAAUAACGAUAGUAUUUUAUUAAGACAUGAAAUAGCUUAUGUGAUAGGACAAAUAAGUAAUGAAAAAUGUAAUAAUAUAUUAAUUAAUUUAUUAAGUGAUGAAAAUGAAAAUAUAAUGGUUCGACAUGAAGCUGCAGAAGGUUUGGCUGCUAUUGGUAGCGAAUCUAAUAUCCCUAUAAUAAAAAAAUAUUUGAAUGAUUCAAAUGUAGAAGUAAGAGAAACUUGUGAACUAGCCUUAAGUUCUUUGAUAGAAAAAAAUAAAUAUGCAGCAUGUUCGUGUAUUAAUAAAACCGUACCAUAUAAAAAUAAUCUCUUAAAUAAUGAUAAGCCUAAAAGUAAUAGUCAUAGUCAUAGUAAUAGCUUUAGUAAUAGUCAAGAUGAUGCUCAUGAUGACAUAUACUUCCAUUCAAAAAAAAAAUUUAAUACUAUAGAUCCAGUAGUUUGUAUAUCAGAUAGUAAUAAUAAAAAACAUGUUAAUGAUUUAAUAAGAGAUUUAAAUAAUGAAGCGUUAGCUCUAAAAAAUAGAUAUGAAGCUUUAUUUUUAUUAAGAGAUAUGGAAACAGAUAUAUCAUUGAAUGCCUUAGGGGAAGCCCUAAUAAACGAUAAAUCAUCUGCAAUUUUUAGACAUGAAUUAGCUUUUGUAUUAGGUCAGGUAUUACAUUUAAAUUCUUUAAAAUAUUUAUUAUCAUCAUUAACAAAUGUGAGUGAGCAUGAAAUGGUAAGACAUGAAGUUGCCUUAGCUUUAGGUUCCUUAGGAAGUCUUAAUUUAAAUUCAGAUGAAUAUAAAAUUAUACAAGAACAAAUUAUAGACACCUUGAAAAAAUACUCAAAGGAUGAAUGUGUAGUGGUUGCUGAGAGUUGCUUAGUGGGCUUGGAUUACAUAUCAGAAAAUUUAAAUAUAUCUAUAGAGGUUCACUAG